AUAAAGCAGAAUUCGCUACCAUGUUGAAGAUUUCCAUAAUAAUGCUCUUAGGGUCUGCACUAAGCUACGUCUUGGCUGCUCCCGUUUAUCAUCUAAUACCAGCAACACCAGUAGUAUCUCUUCCAGAUACCUGUCCAGCUGUGCAAUUUCCAAUGGAACGACCCGCCCACUUACAAACAGAAGACAUCCUUGGCCAUGCAUCAAGCACUGGCAUGCAUCCAGCUGACCCUCAAUUGACAAUGGACCCACCCGACUACCUGCCGAAGGAGGUACCCAGGAAAUUGACUGAUGAAGAAAGAAGAAAGAUCGUUGACAUUCUGAGGAAUUACCCACCGGGCCAUGCUUAUCGGAUCAAUGAAUCUCCAUACCCCAUCAGACUUGCGAAGGCUUAUUGGGAGAGAGGAUGGGACGGUGGUAGGGUCAGGGUUUAUGACGAGAAUGACAUCCUAUUACAUGAUACAGGAUACUUUCAUUUCAAUGCAGGGUCAAUUUUGAGGGAAAUGCAGAAGAGUAGGGAUAAGAAGUCUAAGCGAAAGGCCAGGUGUAGACGCAAGCGCAAGCGCCAGGGCAAGAGCAAGUGAGGACAACGGCAGGCUAAACAAUCUCUCAAGUUACAGUGUUCUAUUCGUUUUGGUUGGAUCAACUGUGCCAAUUUGCGACUCGAAAAUCGAUUGUUUACUCUUGGCUGUCAAGAUCUUUCAACCAACUAAUUCACAUUGGCGGAAGGCCGACCAAACCUAUGACUGUUAUGACUUAUUUUAUUCGGUCAUUCGUGGGUUUUGGAUCUUGUUGGCAAACGUUUCAUUCUUGUCACUCAGAUUUCCUUGCUAUCCAAAUCGAGACAACUGUGUCCAAAUUGUCAUAAGAUUCAGAAUCUUUCCUAGCUCUCUGUUUCUCAUUGUACUUCCCUGCACUCCCUCCAGUCUACUCUGUUUAAUUUUGUUUUGCAUCGUCUAAUAACUUACAACUUACAAGGAGAAAGUAGGCUCGACGGCCUUGAUUGAACAAAGGAA